AUGAGGAACUCCUCUACCUUUCUGGCAGCCACUCUCUCGAUUGUCGUUUUUCUCCUAAUUCCUGAAGAUCUCUGUGAAAAAAUUAUUGGAGGAAAUGAAGUGACUCCUCAUUCAAGACCCUACAUGGUGCUACUUAAGGGGGAAAAUAUCUGUGCCGGAGCUUUGAUUGCCAAAGACUGGGUAUUGACUGCAGCUCACUGUGACCUGAACCGGAAAACCCAGAUCAUUCUUGGGGCUCACUCAAUAACCAAGAAAGAGCCUGAAAAACAGAUCAGGUUCAUUAAGAAAGAGUUUCCCUAUCCGUGCUAUGACCAGGACACACGUGAAGGCGAUCUUCAGCUUCUAAAGCUGAACAAAAAGGCAACACUUAAUAAAAACGUGGCUAUCCUUCAGCUCCCAAAAGAGGGCAGUGAUGUGAAACCAGGAGCUGCGUGUCGAGUUGCAGGGUGGGGAAAGUUCCGCAAUAAUUCCCCUCGGUCCGAUAUUUUGAGAGAAGCCAAUGUAACUAUCAUAGACAGAAGAAUCUGCAAUGACCAGUCACACUAUAAUUACAAACCUGUGAUUGGGCUGAAUAUGAUUUGUGCCGGAAGCCUCCAAGGUGGAAGAGACUCCUGCGAGGGAGAUUCUGGAAGCCCUCUGAUAUGUGAAGGCACUUUCAGAGGCAUCACUGCCUUUGGCAUGCAGGGGAAAUGCGGAGACCCUCGAGGGCCCGGCGUCUAUAUCCUUCUCUCAAAGAAACACCUCAACUGGAUAGUUAAGACUAUGAAGCAAGCAGUUUAG